GCCGUGCGCGUGCGCGCGGCAGGUCGGCGCCGGGCGGGGGCGGAGCGACAGUCGCAGGCCCACGCCGUAAACAGACAACAUGGCGGCCGCGGUGGCGACUGCACCUGGGACAUUGGGAUCCCUGCAUGCUGGCGGCGUCCGCCUGGUAGCUGCUUGCAGUACACGGCUCUGCCGGGGGUUGAGGCUUCCCGGCUUGUUGGCAGGCCGGCGGGUGGGCCCGGCGUUCUGGGCCCAGAGCUGGGUGCCUGCGGCCGGGGGUCCCGCCCCAAGAAGGGGCUACAGCUCUGAGGUGAAGACGGAGGACGAACUACGGGUGCGGCACCUGGAGGACGAGAACCGAGGAAUUGUGGUGCUUGGAAUAAACAGAGCUUAUGGCAAAAAUUCACUCAGUAAAAAUCUUAUAAAAAUGCUAUCAAAAGCUGUGGAUGCUUUGAAAUCUGAUAAGAAAGUACGGACCAUAAUAAUCAGGAGUGAAGUCCCAGGGAUAUUCUGUGCUGGUGCUGACCUUAAGGAAAGAGCCAAAAUGAGUUCCGGUGAAGUUGGUCCUUUUGUCUCCAAAAUAAGAGCAAUGAUUAAUGAUAUUGCUAAUCUUCCAGUGCCAACGAUUGCAGCAAUAGAUGGACUCGCUUUAGGUGGUGGUCUUGAACUGGCUUUAGCUUGUGAUAUACGAGUAGCAGCUUCCUCUGCAAAAAUGGGCCUGGUUGAAACAAAAUUGGCAAUUAUUCCUGGUGGAGGGGGGACACAGCGAUUGCCACGUGCCAUUGGAAUGUCCCUGGCCAAGGAGCUCAUAUUCUCUGCGCGAGUCCUCGAUGGCCAGGAAGCCAAAGCAGUGGGAUUAAUCAGCCAUGUUCUGGAACAGAACCAGGAGGGAGACGCUGCCUACAGAAAGGCCCUGGACCUGGCGAGAGAGUUUUUACCUCAGGGACCUGUUGCAGUGAGAGUGGCAAAAUUAGCAAUUAAUCAAGGGAUGGAGGUCGAUUUAGUAACAGGGUUAGCCAUAGAAGAAGCUUGUUACGCUCAGACCAUUCCAACGAAAGACAGACUUGAAGGUCUUCUUGCUUUUAAAGAGAAAAGGCCCCCUCGCUAUAAAGGAGAAUAGAAGGAACAGAAAUUCUUAAGAUGCCAAUGUAAUAAAUGUACUUCUGGAAGUGUCUUUCAGAUCCACUAUAUGCCUGAGCACGUGGAAUCUCAAUGACCAAAGUGAAGAGCAAAUUAUUCAUAUAGUGUAAUUAGCAUCUGGAAUGGACCCAUCUGUGUACUUCAUUCAAAUAUGUAAAUGUCAUAUGCAUUCAGAUUUAUAAAGCUAGUAGUGUAUAUUGUCAGAAAACAAGCAAAGUUAGAUAUACAUUUUUAAAUAUUUCCUGCAUAAGAGGCUUUCUGUUCCUAAUUUUUUAAUGUGAAUAAUUUAUAUAUUGCACACUAGGAAGUAAUAUUGAUUAUAUGUCUACUGUGCUGCAUUAAGAAAAUAAAAUUAUUUCUAUAUACCAAAAAUGGGAAGUUAUACCAAAUAAAGUUUCUAAGUGAUUGAUGCAUAUGAACAGAUACAUAUACAUACAUCUAAACCUAAAAAAUGAAUUGAUAUUCUGAGUGAAAACUACUUAAUAUAAAUAAAACUAGUGAAAAGAAAAUGUGGGAAUUUUUCUCU